AUGAAGCUUUUGGACUUUCUUUGGGGUAGAAAAGAUAUCACCACUGCUGGGUCAGCCGUUUGUGGUAACAAGCAACUCCCACCUGGGAGCUCCGGUUGGCCAUUCAUUGGUGAAACUAUCGAGUUCUAUAGAGCAGGUCUAGCUGGUGCACCUGAGAAGUUUUUCUUUGAUAGGUUUAGAAAAUACUCGUCUCAAGUAUUUAGGACUUCUUUGAUCGGUGAAACUGUUAUCGUCAUCGGUGGUACUGCCUCUGGCAAUAAAUUCUUAUUCUCAAACGAAGGUGAAGAUAAACUCAUAAAUGCUUGGUAUCCUCCAUCCGUUCGUAAACUCCUACCUGUAAGUAAUCAAUUUUCAAAAGAUCAAGAUUUUCUUAAGGCAGCUCGUAAGGCUUUUCCAGAAUUUCUCAGCCAGGAAGCGGUUAAAACCUAUGUUGGCACCAUGGAUUCGAUGACAAGAAGACACUUUGAGACUCAUUGGGAUAAAUAUAUGAGCACAAAUGAAGAAAUGAUCACUAUUACCGUUCACCCUUUAGUCAAGAACUACAGCUUCCAAAUGGCCUGUCGUUUGUUGUUGAGCAUGGAUUUAGAGCAAGAAACUCAUUGCAUUGAUGAAUUACAAAAGUUAUUUUCAGUUCUGUUAGAUGGUAUCUUAUCGAUACCUAUAGAUUUUCCAGGAACAGCAUUCAACCGUGCCAUUAAGCUUCUAAACUGA